ACAUGAAGAUGCAGUAGCGUCUGGAUGUCCGAGUCAUUUGCGCGAGUCGUUCAAACGAUUCAUUUCCAUAUCCAAUUUUAAAAGAUUCACUCUUGACUCAUUGCUCAAUUGCGUCAAAAUAAACAAUAAAUAGUUAACUGUUGUUAAUAAAUUGUUAACUAUUAAAGUACUUUUGUGUUUCAACAUGAAACCCCUCUAAAACAUGUUCUUUCUCAAACCGAGCAAUUCACGAGUGCUUUACGACUCGGUUCGACCGAAUCUUUUAAAACGACCAGUUCAAAACAUCAAUUCUCUCGCGAAUCGGAUAUCACUGAGACAUGUAGAAGAACCGAGAGUCCAAAACAAGUCUAUUCAAUCUGGAAUGUACAUCAACAGGGACAAAGACCUCCAUGGACAAACUUAACACAAUCGCUUUGCGCGUGCUGAACGGCUGUCAAAAAAAAUGAUGCUGCUUUAGGGUUUACUCCGCAUGGAAACGGCAUUCCAGGGAAUUGUCGGCCAUAUUCAGUGAUACCACGCCCGGAGUGAAGAUUUUAACACGGGGGCAAACCCGUUCAUACAAAUAUCCCACUUACAAGUUCCUGGUUAGGAGACUUUCUUCCAGAAGGAUAUACUUCCACAUCGAGGAGGAACACCAAAUUUCAUAAACGGUCUUCUGUGAAGUUAAACCUAACGGAUCUGUUUCUUUUCUGGUAAUCAAAACACAGAUAAACUAACGUUACAUUAGUAUUAUUUCAGCCGCUGUCACAUUUGCACUCACGUAAAACAAUUCAAGAGAAUGCCACACAGCCAUAGACACAUGUGUUGAAUGAUGACAAGCGCUUUAUGAAUUCAUUCUGGAUUAACAAGAAGCAAGCAAACUUCGCUGGUGUUUUUCGUCCGAUUUAGAUAGGAUCUGGUACUGGUUUUACCUCAAUCGAAGUUCCUAAUUCAAGAGAUUUUUUUAUCCGGAGAAUCAUGACGCUGGAUUCCAUGAUGGCGUGCUGCCUCAGCGAGGAGGCGAAAGAAGCGCGGCGGAUCAACGACGAGAUCGAGCGGCAGCUCCGACGAGACAAGAAAGACGCGUGGCGCGAGAUCAAACUGCUGCUGCUGGGGACUGGAGAGAGUGGGAAAAGCACCUUCAUUAAACAGAUGAGAAUCAUCCACGGCUCAGGGUAUUCGGAGGAGGACAGGAGAGGCUUCACCAGGCUGGUCUAUCAAAACAUCUUCACAUCUAUGCAGGGCAUGAUAAGAGCUAUGGAUAAUCUUCAGAUCCCCUAUAAAUAUGAACACAAUAAGGUCAAUGCAAACAUUGUAAGAGAAGUGGAUGUCGAGAAAGUUUACAUGUUUGUCAGCCCUUACAUAGAAGCUAUCCAUAGUUUAUGGAAUGACCCAGGAAUCCAUGAGUGCUAUGACCGGAGGAGAGAGUACCAGCUCUCAGAUUCCACAAAAUACUAUCUAAAUUCACUGGAUCGCAUUGCUGAUCCCUCCUAUGUUCCCACUCAGCAAGACGUCCUCAGGGUCAGAGUGCCCACAACGGGCAUCAUUGAAUACCCCUUUGACCUACAGAGUGUCAUAUUCAGGAUGGUGGAUGUAGGUGGCCAACGGUCGGAAAGGCGUAAGUGGAUUCACUGCUUUGAAAACGUCACCUCCAUCAUGUUCCUGGUGGCACUCAGUGAAUAUGACCAGGUUCUGGUAGAGUCUGAAAAUGAGAAUCGAAUGGAAGAAAGCAAAGCAUUGUUUAGGACGAUAAUAACAUACCCCUGGUUCCAGCAUGCAUCAGUUAUUCUUUUUUUGAACAAGAAAGAUCUUUUAGAGGAGAAAAUAAUAUUUUCACAUCUCGUAGAUUACUUUCCUGAAUUUGACGGACCCCAAAGAGACACUCAAGCCGCCAGGGAAUUUAUCCUGAAGAUGUUUGUCGAACUGAAUCCAGACAAGGACAAAAUCAUUUAUUCUCACUUUACGUGUGCUACUGACACAGAAAACAUUCGGUUCGUGUUUGCAGCCGUCAAAGACACCAUCUUGCAACACACACUGAAGGAAUACAAUCUAGUCUGAAAAACGGAUGUAAACAGUUUUGGUGUUGUCUUGCAUUUAAUAGACAGUUCAGACAGAUUGAGUCUGACCGAUCGUCUGACAUCAUUGUAUAAGGAGGCCAUUGAUUCUUUAGGAUGCUUAUGUUAUUUACAAAUGAACUGUAUGAGGAAACAUAAGCUGCUUACUACAAAACUAUUUAUUUGCACAUCAAUGCUUGUUCACAAGGUCUUUGAAUGUUAAUCCAUUUUAAUAGAAAAUAUUGUGUUAUUAAACUUUUAUUUUUCAUUUAUAAACAUUUUGGAUUAAGUAAUUUUCCCUUAUAGAUCUCAAGUUCUGUAUUAGUUUAUUUUCAUGUUUACAUUUCUAUUGCUACUCUAUGAAUAUUAUGUAGGUUCCUUUUUCUUGGGCACAUUAAACAAUUACCGUCAGCCCAUUAGACAGUAAAGAAAACUUUUAAGUACUUGUGUGGUAUUUUUUUGUGGUAUUCUUUAGUCAGAGUAAACCGUUGAUAAGGUUCUUUUCUGCCCUCAAAACACUUGCUUUUAUUAAGAAAAUAUAGAAAAUUUAAAUCUUAGUGCCAAAGUUUCCUUCUGGUAAGAUUAUUUUAUGUAUUAACAAAGUAAUAGUAAUGCCACAGGCAAAAUGUGCCCUGGUUUGUUUGGGAAAUGACAUUUUCUCUUUGUCAGACUAUUUUGUUAUUUUCAGAUUUUUUUAUGUUCAUUUAAAUGCGAUGAUGUGCCAUAAGAGAAAGUUGCUCUGAGUUUACUUUUUUUUAAUAAAUUACGUAAUGAUA